AGUCAUGUAGUAAGUAAACGCAUUCUCCUACAGCGGGCGAGCAGAAGUAUAUUGCAGAACCACAGUGAUACGGGCAACUGGAUUGGAAAUCAUUGAAGGAAACAUUCGCUUUUUAUUGUCUUUACCAUUUACCAACUCUUCAUGGCUGUUUGAUCGCAAAGAAAACGUUUCGUUGCAACAUUCAGAUGUGUUCUCUUUGACGCGAAAGCGGAUAUUUCACACUUUCCCGGAGUCUGAGAGAAGACGAGCUGUCGGCGCUCAAAAUGAAGUACAAAAACCUGAUGGCCAAGGCAUUGUACGACAACGUCCCGGAGUCCCCGGAGGAGUUGGCCUUCCGGAAGGGAGACAUCCUAACGAUCAUUGAGCAGAACACGGGCGGCCUUGAGGGAUGGUGGCUCUGCUCUCUGCAUGGGCGCCAGGGCAUCGCCCCCGGCAACCGCCUCAAGCUGCUGAUUGGUCCCAUGUUCGACACCCAGUCCCCGGCCGCCCAAUCGUCACCUACGGGCUCAGCCUACCAGCAGAAGGUGGGCGUGUCGUCGUCCCAGGGGCUGUACCAGGUGCCGCCCUCCCAGAGCCCGGGUCAGCAGGGCAUCUACCAGGUGCCUCCAGGGCAGGAUGUCUACCAGGUCCCUCCACAGAGGAGCGUCCUGGCUGCAGACAACACCCCCAGCAAGGUGGUGACCCCAACACAAGUGGGACAGUCGUACGCCUACAGCCCUGGCCAGCACACCCAACAGGACCUCUAUGAUGUUCCUCCCAUGAGACCACAGGGGGUGUAUGACAUUCCUCCUGGGAAAAUUAUGGGAUCGCCUUUUCCUGGACAACAUUGCAAUUCUCCCUCCCAAGGAGGAGUCUAUGAUGUUCCCCAAUCCACUCAGAUGGACCCCCGGACACAAGGGGUUUACGAUAUCCCUCCCUCUACGCAAAGGGUGUACUCUGUGCCUCCCUGCCGGAACACCCCAGCCCUCCAGGAGGGAAACUACGAUUUCCCCCAACCUCUCAAACAACACAAACAACAGGAGGGCAUCUACGACGUACCCCCACCCACCCUCACCAAACCCUCCCCAUCCCCCCAGUCCAAUUAUGACUCCCCCAGCUCCGAGCCAAUCGGACCCCACCACCUCCAACGCCCUGUCGUCAGCGACAACGAAGGCAUCUACGACGUGCCGCCCCCCGCCCACCAGCUCUCAGGGGCGGGGCCUCGUGGCGAUCUGUAUGAUAUCCCCAGGGGGAUGCAGCAGCCCCCCUCCCAGCACCGCUCCACCCCCCAGGAGAGGGACAGGGACAGGGGGAAGGGCCAGGGCGUAUAUGACAUCCCACCUGCUCUGGGGGACAUGACAGACGGGGUGAACCGCCUGUCCUUCUCCAGCACGGGCUCCACACGCAGCUCCAUGUCCACCUCUUCCACCUCCACGGUCUCCAGCGCUGAGGGCAGGCUGGCCCUAGAUGUGGACCAGGCAGUCCAGAGGCUGUACCGCCUGCAUCAGGCCGUGGAGGCCUCUGUGGGGGCCCUACAGACCCUGGCCUCCUCCUCCCACUGGAGGACUUACCCCUUCAUGGAGCGCCACACCAACGAGGUGCGCACCGUGCUGGACAGGGUAAGGGCAGCCCUGGCAGACUUUGUGGUAUUUGGCAGGGGUGCUGUGGCCAACGCCACGGCCCUGUCAGACCCCAGCCUGCACAGUAAGCUGAGGAGGCAGCUGGGAAGGCUGGAGGACUCCCAGCAGAUCAUCCUGCAGACCUACCAGAGCCUGGAGAACUGCGGCUGGGCCCUCAACGCCCUGGCCACCUCCAGCAGCACCAAGCACCAGAUUAAGAGUGACAACCUGGACCGCUUCGUUAUGGUUUCCAGGACGGUGCCCGACGAUGCCAAACAGCUGGCCUCCUCCGUGGGGGGUAACGCCGAGCUGCUCUUCAGGCGGACGCCAACCAUGAAUGGGUCCUCCUACCCCAGGGGGGGCACGCCAGAAGAAGCCAUCAUUCAUCCUCUCACCUCCCCAUCCUCGGACAGCGACAACUACGUAGGCCAGACCAAGCCCUUUCCUGUGCCCUCCAACCAAGACAAAGGCAACAUGAACAAUAGUGAGAAAUGUGUGAAGAGCUGGAUGGAGGACUAUGACUACGUCCAUCUGCAGGGCAAAGAGGACUUUGAGCGGCAGCAGAAGGAGCUCCUGGAGAAAGAGAACAUCAUUAAGCAGAGCAAGUUACAGCUGGGACAAGAACAGAUGAACCAGUUCAUACAGUUGGAGCAAGAGGUGAUCAAACCAGUGGAGAAUGACAUCACACAGUGGAUCGCCCACCAGCACCCGACAGGCCCCUCCUCCUCCCCCUCAGACUCCUCCUCCUCUCCCUCCCCUUCCCUGGCUGGAGGCGGGGCCCAGCUGUGUGGGCGUGACCGUCAGCUGCUGGGCUUCUAUUCGGAGCAGUGCCAGCAGCACUUUGUCACGUUGCUCAACGCAGUGGACGCUUUCUUCGGCUGCGUGGGCGCCGGCCAGCCACCGCGCAUCUUCGUGGCGCACAGCAAGUUCGUCAUCCUCAGCGCCCACAAACUGGUGUUCAUCGGUGACACCCUGUCCAGGCAGGCAGCCACGCCCGAAGUGGCCAACCGGGUGAUGAACUCCAGCAACGUGCUAUGUGACCUGUUGAAGACAGUGGUGGGAGCUACCAAGACGGCCGCGCUGCACUACCCCAACACAGCCUACGUGCAGGACAUGGUGGACAGAGUCACGGAUCUCUCACACCACGCUCAACAGUUCAAAGAACAGCUGCUGCAGAUGGCUGCUUUGUGAUAGUUUGUGAUGUCAUUUGUCACUUCCUGGUCCCGCCUAUUUCACCACAGCAACAUGUUUAUAUACCGUAUAUACAGUAUCUCUCUAUAUAUAUAUAUAUAUAUAUAUAUAUACAUAUACAGAUUCUCUCUCUCUCUCUCUAUAUAUAUCUAUAUAUAUAUAUAUAUAUAUAUAUAUAUAUAAAUAUAUAUAUAUAUAUGUAUAAUUGCUUAUUGUUAAUAUUAAAAGUACAUUUUUGGGCUGUUUGUAAAUAGUAUCGUUUUCUCUGUUCUGUAAAUAUUAGGCUCUAUUUUUGUGUAGAUUGUUUUAUAUAAUUAAUUAUGACAUGAAUAUAUAGAUGUGAUAUCCGUGGCUUUUUAGGGUUACUUGGACAUGUUUUCGUAACAUUCCAAUUUCAUAUAUUAUAAAGCAACUUAUGAUGAUGACAUGUCCGUUUUUAUUUUCAUUUUCACCUGUAAAUUGUUGACGCACCCUACUGCUGGAAAUGACAGUAGUACUUUGUGUAAAUGGUUUGAUGUCGUACUUCUUUUAUUGAAAGCGGUAGGGUUCUCAACAGACAAAGUAAAGGACUGUUCUUACCCAUA